AUGUCUAAUUGGGAGCUAGACGUGGGUUCCACCCCGAUACUCAAUGACAAACCCAACUUUCUCACUGAGAAGGACGCUCAUGAGCCAUUUGACCUAGACAAACGGAUACGGCAUUUCGAAAGGCUGCUCACCGGCCACGGGCGUCAUCCAUACCUGCUGGUUCGACUUGCUGAUGCACUACAUGGCCGUAGCGCCGGUCAAGCAUUGGCACUACUGGAAGAGGCGCAACGGGAGCUGACAGUGCGGAACAUCGAAAUCAGCCCCGAGUUCUCGACGUCCGUUAACGACUUUAGGAGACGAUGGGAGAGAACGAUACGGGAAAGAAAAGACAUGCCCGACAACGUCUUUUCUCAGCCCUGGAUACCAGUCUCUGAUUUGCGCUCACCAAAGAAUGAUCUAUCACCUGAUGGCCAUGCUGAAGUACAAAGCUAUUGGGCUCAGCAUUUCCCCAAAGACUCUGAGCUUCUGAAACGUUAUCUGCGAGCCGUCGCGAUUGAAACCAACCACAUCGAGGGUGCCUUCCUCGUCACGCCAGAGUCUGCGAAGACUGUGAUACGGGAUGGUAUCUCCGCAAGCCAUGUCAUUGCGUCGCCGCGCAGUGCUAUCCAGGACGAAUCGGUCAUCGCAACUAUAUUGGAGGACACGCUCUCGGCCUAUAGUAUCGUGUAUGAUAUCGUGGAAGACCCGUACAACUUCACUCCCGAGACCAUCUGCGAGGCGCACCGUCGAGUGAUGGACACAGCGCGGUUCGAAUGUCGCUAUGUUCCUGCAGGCGUGACGCGAUCUAUCACGCGCAACGUGGUUGGCAUUCAUAGCGGGGACGGUGGAAUCAUCCAGUGCUGUCCUCCCGAACGUGUCGAUCAAGAACUGGCAAAGAUUUGUGGCUUGACACGGGAUUACCUUAAGGAGGGAAAGAUAGGCCCAUUCGCGUUGGCGUCAUGGCUUCACCUCGCGUUGGCUCGGUGCCAUCCUUUCAACGAUGGGAAUGGUCGUAUCACGCGUCUCUUCGCGUCCGUACCGCUUGCCAAACACGGCUAUCCGCCCAUAUUGGUGCCAACGGCGGACAAGGUAGCCUACUUCAACGCGAUAAAUCAGGCAUAUAAGGGCGAUUUCGUUCCCCUCGCGCAGUGCUUUGUAAAAGGCAUGCAGGCGGGAAUGGACGUCGCUGGCGGAGAGGACUGA